UGGGCCCAGCGUGGUUUGGACCUUGCCCCUUUUAAGAUGUGGUUUCCUUUCCGGAUUGCGUUGACGCUGAGGCACAGGAACUGGCGGAUUGAAAGUGACGGUUCAUCAUUGGUGUCUGUUGGAAAAUAACACCUCGUCCGAUGGAUAUAAUGAAGAAAAAGAGGAAGUUCUUGGACGUGGGCUCAUUCUGUCCUUAUUCCCUCUGAUGGAAGGUAGUUGGGCGACAUCUCAAAGCGUUAGGACUGGAGGUGCCGCGGAUCUAAUCCCCGAGUCGUUGUAAGUGCCUUCUACAUGUUUGCAAGUGUUAUGGACGUGGAUGUGUUUAAGAGAAGGAGCAAGUCAGGCUUGUUUCUGCUGGAGGACAUGCGAUGGUCACUAUGUGUCCUGAUGGCAGACGCGGUUGCUACUUUCUCCUGGCUGGACUUUGCCUCUUCGCAGCUUCUUGCUUCCACUCCGUGGAGGAGUCUUCAUCCCUCUUCGCUUGGCUUCUCGGCAGGCUGCUCUUCUACUUGGCGCUGUCUGUGAGCAGCCUCCUGCUGGGCACUUUCCUAGUACUGGCCAAGCAAAGCAACCUUAAGACGUUACGUUUCCCCAGAGAGGAGAGAUCGUUUGGAGUGUCCCAGCUGUUGCGACAGCUUACGGGCCGCCUGUCAGGCAUUUCAUCUGAACCUGUGCCCACACGAAGAGUAGUUCUUUCACACAAUAUGGACAAAGCACUGAAAGAAGUUUUUGACUAUAGCUAUAGGGACUACAUCCUUUCUUGGUACGCGAAUAUCAGCAAAGAUGAAGGACAUUUGUAUCAGAUGCUUUCAGAGGACUUCUGGGAAAUAGCAAAGCAACUGCGGUCUCGUCUGGGUAACAUUGACAUCGUUAAGGUUGUUUGCAAUGAUGUUGUACGGACUGUACUCACUCACUUCUGUGACCUCAAGGCGGCAAACUCAAGACAAGAGGAGCAGCAGCCAAAACCCUUUCCCCUACAUCCAUGCUUGAAGAGUUUUAAGGAUGAGGACCAAUUCCUGCGAAAAUGCUCACGGGUUCUAGUGCUUUGCCUCUUAACGUCAAAAGAUGUCUCAUCCCGUAGCCUGCAGAUUGUCCUUGCUGAAAUAUUAGCCAUGAAAGUACUAAAACCAAUGGUAGAACUGCUAAGUGACCCUGACUACAUUAAUCGAAUGCUGCUAACCCAGAUGGAACGCAGGGAGCAAGUGAAUGAACAUCACAAGAAGGCCUACACUUAUGCCCCUUCCUAUGAGGAGUUCAUCAAACUUAUCAACGGCAGCUGUGAUGUGGAAUUUUUAAAGCAGCUGAGAUAUCAAAUUGUUGUUGAAAUAAUUCAAGCGACCACAAUCAGCAGUUUGCCACAGAUGAAGAAACCAAAAGAUAGCAAAGGGAAAGAGUCUGCUGCCAUGAAGGCAGACCUGCUGCGCGCUCGCAAUAUGAAAAGGUACAUCAACCAGCUCACUGUUGCCAAGAAGCAGUGUGAGAAACGGUUAAAGCUCCUCGGGGGUCCAGUGUACGGUCAGCAGGAGGAUGGUGAUGAGACUGAUGCACCUUCAAAUCAAAAGAUUCUUCAGCUUGAAGAAAUCUUGUCCAACCCAUCCUAUAGGGAACAUUUCCGUGCCUACAUGGAAAGGAUGGAUAAGCGGGCUCUCGUCAGCUUCUGGGAGUCAGUUGAAUACUUGAAAACUGCAAACAAGACUGAAAUACCUCAACUCGUUGGAGAAAUCUACCAGAACUAUUUUGUGGAAAGCCGUGAAAUUCCAGUGGAGAAGGCACUUUAUAAAGAAAUCCAGCAAAGCCUAGUGGGCAACAAAGGAACUGACGUCUUCAAUAAAAUUCAGAGCAAUGUUUAUGAGACUCUUCAAGACCGGUAUUAUCCAUCAUUCCUUGUAAGUGACUUGUAUGAAAGACUUGUUAGAAAAGAAGAAGAAAAGAGCACUUUACAAUCCAGCCCCAACAACCGCGAUGAUGUGCACCAGGUGUGUGAGAGUGGAGAGGAAAUCCUGGAUGAGGGGAGCAAUGGCAUUAACGAGCAGGCUAGCUAUGCUGUGAACAAAUUGCGACAGCUGAAUGAGAAACUUGAAUACAAGAGACAAGCUCUCGGCUCCAUCCAGAAUUCACCAAAACCUGACAGAAAGAUUGUCACAAAGCUGAAGGAUGAGAUUGCAACAAUGGAGAAAGAACAGAAUGACCUGCAGCAGCACAUUGGCCGCACAGACUGGUGGUGUGAAAACCUUGGCCAGUGGAAAGCCAUUAUCAGCAGCAGUGAGAUUGUGGAAGAGAAUGGUGAACAAAUGUCCUGCUAUUCAAUCAUGGUGCAGCUGAAUCUACCUGAUCCUGAAAAUAACGGCUGGAUUGUUGUUAGGAAGCUCAGCGAGUUCCACACACUACAUAGGAAACUCUGUGAGUGUUUUCCAAUGUUAAAAAAGGCACAACUACCAUCUAUAAGUAAAUUGCCUUUUAAAUCCAUUGAUCAGAAGUUCCUAGACAAGUCCAAAAAUCAGCUGAAUAAUUUUUUACAGAAACUUCUGACGGAUGAGAAACUUUGCCAGAGUGAGGCACUUUAUGGCUUUCUAAGCCCCUCGCCAGAGUACCUUAAAGUUGUUGAUGUGCAAGGGAAGAAGUCAACUUUUUCACUGUCUUCCUUUCUUGAGAGGCUUCCCGGAGAUUUCUUCUCUCAUCAAGAGGAGGAGAUUGAGGAGGACAGUGAUCUCUCAGACUAUGGAGAUGAGGUUGACUGCAAAAGAGACUCCCUUGCUGAACCUUGUUUCAUGCUCAUUGGAGAAAUCUUUGAGCUCAGGGGAAUGUUCAAAUGGGUCAGGAAGACACUUAUUGCUCUCGUACAAGUUACAUUUGGAAGGACAAUCAACAAGCAGAUCCGUGACACCAUCAACUGGAUGGUCAGUGAACAGAUGCUGGUUUGCUACAUCAAUGUCUUUCGAGAUGCAUUCUGGCCAAAUGGGAAAUUAGCAUCCCCUACAGCUGCCAGAACUGAGCAACAACAGUUGGAGACAAAACACAAGGCCCAGCAGAAACUGCUUGAUAACAUUCCAGAUGCACUGCAGAACCUUGUUGGACAGCAGAACGCGCGACAUGGGAUCAUUAAAGUCUUCAGUGCGCUCCAGGAAUCCAGUGCCAACAAGCAUCUCCUCUACACACUGAUGGAGUUGCUGCUGAUUGAGUUAUGUCCAGAACUGCGAAAUCAUUUGGAUGAGCAAAAAGUCUGCCCAACACUAUCGAGCACUUUGUGAAUGAGUAAAAAAUCAUAUUGGGACCCUGCUUUUUUUUAAAUUGAAGUGGAAGCUGCAGACAUUUUUCCAGAGGAACAUGUUGCUGGGAUGUUUUGAUGUUUGUUGUUUCCCCGUGCACACAUGACAGAUGCAGCACUAGGUGAAAUGACUUUGUCUCAACAUGACUGAAUCAAUGCAUAAAGCUAUUUUUUCCCUUUCAAGCUGAUAUCCAGUAGUUUUCUUUAAGUUCAGAUGCCAGUAAUUAAUGUUGUGAGAAACUGAAUAAAUAUUUUUUAAGACAACUUUGAGAAUUGUUUUAUUUUUCUUGGUGGUGCAGAGAUGUGUUGUAUAAGUUGCAAGCACCUCACAGAACAAUUCCGAACAUUCCUUAUCUGUGACCAUUGAGUAGCCUCUGUGUGCAAUAUGUAUGUAGAUCAUUGUGAAUAUUUUAUUGUUAAAUAGAGCUAGAUUUUAUUUUUACCAAAGAUUUCAAUGGUGUAGAUGAUUUAUAAGCAAUAAAUAAUGAAAAAUAACCUAUACUUCUAGUGCAAAGGUCUUUUGUGUUGCGCAAGAUGUUCUGUGAAAUGUCAUUUAUAAUUUGGGUUUUUGCUUUCCUUCAGAUCUGUUUAGAUCUUGAUUGUAAAGAUGUUUCAAUGGCUACUUCAUAUUUCUUAAAACAGGACUGUUCAAGCUGUUGGGUGUGUGAGAGAGAAAGUGACAGCACCUGAGGGGGUCUUGUUCUUGCUAAAUUUUGUGUCCUGCUGAGAAACAUUAAUGAUUUCUGCCCAUUUGCAAGAAGGCUGGCAAUUAGAACCAGCCAUCUGAAGAAUUGAGUACUCAGUCCUGUUCUGUAAGUGUUGAAAAUUAAAUGUAUCACAUCAUCCUCUGCAUUAUAAUAUUUCCAAUUAACCAGAUCUGUGGGUUGCAUGUAAACCACAUAUAUGAUGAUAUUCUAGCUUAAGUUAAGCAUUUGAACAUAGAACAGUACAGGUCCUUCAGCCCAUGACAUAGUGUGAGACUUUGAACCUACUCCACAGUCAGUCUAACCUUUCCUUCCUCAUAGCCCAUGACCCUCCAUUUUCCUUUCAUCUCUGUGCCUAUGUAAAAGUCUCUUAAAUAGUUCGGAUGCAUCAGCCUCUACCACCACUCCAGGCAGCACAUUGCAAGCACCUUCUGCUCUGGCUACAGUAUAUAUUAAAAAAAACUAUAACCUCUAACCUCUCCCCUAAACUUUCCUCCACUCAUCUUAAAAGGAUGUCCUCUGGUAUUAGCCAUCAUUGCCCUGGGAAAAUGAUGCUGGCUGUCCGCUCUAUCUAUGCCUCUUAUAAUCUUUUACACUUCUGUCAAGUUGCCUCUUGUCCUCCUUUGCUCCAAAGAGAAAAGCCCUAGUUUGUUCAGGCUUUCUUUGUAAAACACGUUUGCUAAUCUGGGCAGCGUCCUGGUAAAUCUUCUCUGCAUCUUCUCUGGUUUAGAUGAAUCAAAAACACAAGAUUCUGUAGGUGCUGGAAAUCCACCUGAGAGCAACACACGAAAUGAUGGAGGAACUCAGCAGGUCAGACAGCAUCUAAAGCAGGGAAUAAACAGUCGAUGAUUCGGCCUGAAACAUCGACCUCCAUUUAUUCCAUGCUUUAGAUGCUGCCUAGCCUACUGAGUUCCUUCAGCGUUUUGUAUGUUGCUCUUAGAUGGAUUAAAUUUAGUUUUUGAUGUAUUGAGUCGAAAUAAUUGUAAUACUUACUAUAGUCAAAAGAUGUAUUAAUGCCUAAUUACUGUAUCUACUGUAUUGAGGGAAUAAACUCAA